CUGUGCACUCGGAGGAAGCGUGAGAACCGCUGUCCGCUGAGGGUCAGACACGCCUGGUGCUGCUGGUGGCUGGGCAAGGUGUGUCUGUGGCGCCAACAUGGGCACUGCUGCGGGACUGCGGUCUGCUGGGAGGACAUGGGCUCUGGCAUCUCAUGGCAUCUGCUACCUGGGCAUCGCCGCCAUCACAUGGGGUGCAGUGACAUGGGUGGAGGUGGGUGCCUGGGUGUACCACUACAGUGACCAGGGGGACUACACAUGGGAGCAGGCCAGGAACUACUGCCAGACUUUCUUCACCGACCUGGUGGCGAUCCAGAACAAGCAGGAGAUCGAGUACCUCAACAAGAGCCUGCCCUUCCAUGGGCACUACUACUGGAUCGGCAUCCGCAAGCUGGGUGGCACCUGGACCUGGGUGGGCACCAAGAAGGUGCUGACAAAGGAUGCGGAGAACUGGGCAGCUGGAGAGCCCAACAACCGCCGCUCCAACCAGGACUGCGUAGAGAUCUACAUCAAGCGGCAGCAGGAGUCGGGCAAGUGGAACGAUGAGCCCUGCAGCCGGAAGAAGAAGGCACUGUGCUACAAGGCCUCGUGCCAGCCAUUCCCAUGCAGCCAGCAUGGUGAGUGCGUGGAGACCAUCGGGAGCUACCGCUGCGAGUGCUACCCUGGCUUCCACGGCCCCGAGUGUGAGAACGUUGUGCAGUGCGCUGAGCUCGAGCCCGCGGGAGCACACAUGAACUGCAGCCAUCCCUUCGGAAACUUCAGCUACAACUCCACCUGCACGUUUGAAUGCCAGGAGGGGUUUGAGCGGCAAGGGACAGGCGUGCUGCAGUGCCUGCCUUCCCAGCAGUGGUCAGCAGAGACCCCCACCUGCACAGCCAUCACCUGUCCAGUGCUCAGCGCUCCAGACCGGGGAGAGCUGAACUGCUCCCACCUCCACGGGGACUUCACCUUUGGCUCUACAUGUGCCUUCUCCUGCCAGACGGGGUUUGCGCUGAUGGGGUCAGAGAGCCUCAAGUGCACAGCCACAGGGACUUGGACUGGGGAUGCCCCACGUUGUGAAGCCAUUACCUGCCCGGUGCUUAGCGCGCCAGACCAAGGAGAGCUGAACUGCUCCCACCUCCACGGGAACUUCACCUUUGGCUCCACGUGUGCCUUCUCCUGCCAGACGGGGUUUGCGCUGAUGGGGUCAGAGAGCCUCAAGUGCAUGGCCACAGGGACCUGGACUGGGAAUGCUCCAAAAUGUGAAGCCAUCACCUGCCCGGUGCUCAGUGCUCCUUUCCACGGAGAGCUGAACUGCUCCCACCUCCACGGGGACUUCACCUUUGGCUCCACGUGUGCCUUCUCCUGCCAGACGGGGUUUGCGAUGACGGGGUCAGAGAGCCGCAAGUGCACAGCCAUAGGGACUUGGACUGGGGAUGCCCCACGCUGUGAAGCCAUCACCUGCCCGGUGCUCAGUGCUCCUGUCCAUGGAGAGCUGAACUGCUCCCACCUCCACGGGGACUUCACCUUUGGCUCCACGUGUGCCUUCUCCUGCCAGACGGGGUUUGCGAUGACGGGGUCAGAGAGCCGCAAGUGCACAGCCCCAGGGGCCUGGACUGGGGAUUCCCCAAAAUGUGAAGCCAUCACCUGCCCGGUGCUCAGUGCUCCUGUCCAUGGAGAACUGAACUGCUCCCACCUCCACGGGGACUUCACCUUUGGCUCUACAUGUGCCUUCUCCUGCCAGACAGGGUUUGUGUUGGUGGGACCAGAGAGCCUCAAGUGCACAGCCCCAGGGACCUGGACUGGGGAUUCCCCAAAAUGUGAAGCCAUCACCUGCCCGGUGCUCAGUGCUCCUGUCCAUGGAGAGCUGAACUGCUCCCACCUCCACGGGGACUUCACCUUUGGCUCUACAUGUGCCUUCUCCUGCCAGACAGGGUUUGUGUUGGUGGGACCAGAGAGCCUCAAGUGCACAGCCACAGGGACCUGGACUGGGGAUACCCCACAAUGCAAAGCUAUCAGCUGCCCAGUGCUGGACCCCCCCAGCCGAGGCCAGUUGAGCUGCUCUCACGUGCACGGGAACUUCACAUACAACUCCACAUGUACCUUUUCCUGCGAGGAGGGGUUUGUUCAGUUGGGAGCAGAGGUGCUCUGGUGUGCGGCCACAGGGAACUGGACCAGGCGUCCCCCUACCUGUGCAGAGGACAGUGCCCCCUUCUUAAAGCAAGUCCUGGCUUACAGCAGCGGCACAGCUCUGGCGGUAGCUGGUAUCGUGCUCUCAGGGACACUCAUCGCCCUCCUUGCCAAGCGGCUCAGCGACAGAGAGGAGAAGAAGAAGCUCCUGAACCCGACCAGUGACCUAGGAUCACCGGGAGUCUUCUCCAACGCAGCGUACGACGCCAACCUGUGAGGGGGUGACGCCAGCUCCGGCUCUCCCGCGCUUCCAGCCUGGCCGUGACCGAAACCCACCGCGUCCCCCAGCGCUGCAGACCCAGCGGGAGCCGCAGCCGGCUCCCAGAGGGACUUCACGCCUCCGGCUGCAGCCCGGACCGAUGCUGCCGGGUGGAGACGGCACCCACGCUGCGUGUACGCCGCCCCUUCCCGCCCGCCCCGCCGCGUGAAGCUGCCUUCCUGCACCACUCACGCACGAAGACCAGCCUGGGGCCGUGGGUCGCCUCCAUCGCCUGCCGCGCCAGCCCCUUCCCCUCACGGAGCUCUCUCCCUCCCCUUGGACGUUCCCCCACGGCUCCUCCCGCUCGGGCUUCUGGCGACGGGCUUGUGUCAGCGGGGCCUGAAUAAACGCCUAUGUCUAA